GUCUCUACUUCCAUCUGCAUUUUCGCAUACACUCAGCACGUAAGAAUUUUUGUCUACAAUGCCGCAGGGAACGAUGAGAGCGCUCUACUACGACCGACCCCAGCAUUUUGAGGUCAAAGAGGUACCGAUUCCAAAGUGCGGGGAUGAAGACCUCCUUCUCAAAGUGACAUGCUGUGGUGUCUGCGGGACGGACGCGCACAUACACGACGGUGAAUUCAUCGCCAAGUUUCCGCUCAUCCCUGGCCAUGAAGCCAUUGGCAAGGUGGUGGAGAUUGGCAAGGACGUGCAGGGCUUCGAGAUCGGCGACCGUGUCGUCGCGGAUGUUGGAAUCUCUUGCGAGCACUGCUUUUACUGCCGGCGGGGACAGCCCGUGCUUUGUGAGAACUUCAAUGCCCGUGGAGUGACCAUGGAUGGUGGUUUCGCAGAGUACAUCGUCUACCACUCGAAGAAAUGUUACAAGAUUCACAAUUUGACGGAUGAGGAGUCGACGCUACUCGAACCUGCCGCAUGCGCGAUUCAUGGUCUGGACAAAUUGAGCCCGCCGGUCGGGAUCGAUGUCCUCCUGCUCGGCGCAGGUCCUACUGGCUUGAUCCUCGCACAACUCCUCAAGUUGAACGGCGCGCACAAGGUCACCAUCGCGGCAAAUAAGGGCAUCAAGAUGGACAUCGCGAAACAGCUGGAGGCGGGAGACGAGUACAUCGAGCUGGAUAGGCAGAACCCGGAAGCGCAGUGGGAGCAACUGAAGAAGGACAACCCCUAUGGUUUCGAUGUUGUCGUGGAGGCCACCGGCGUGGAGAAGCUCGCGCAAGAAAGCAUCAAUUAUGUCAGGAGGGGAGGUACACUCAUGAUCUAUGGUGUGUAUGAAAAUAAGGCGAUGGUGCAUUGGCCGCCGUCCAAGAUCUUUGGUGAUGAGAUCAAGAUCAUUGGCUCGUUCUCACAAGCAUUCUGCUUCCCCCGUGCGGUCGCGUAUCUUGAUGGCGGUAAGGUCAAGGUCAAGGGAAUGGUUACGGAUGUCUUCAAGCUUGAGGAUUAUCAGAAAGCAUUGGACAAGAUGAGCAGCCGCGGUGCAUUGAAGAUUGCUAUCGUGCCGUGAAGACGAGAGGCGGCGUCAGAGAGUGUCUACGCAACUCAACUGUACGAUAGAAUUGUAUUUCAAAUGUAACAACAACAUCGCCGAAUUUCUCUUCGGCCUCGCAACUGCCUCGCAUGUUACGAUACCCGUACUACUAAGUGGAAACGUACGAAAAAUGUCACUCUGGCGAUAAACAUUUUUCCC